AUGACGAGCCAGUACGAAGACGUAUCGCCCAAGGUCGACUGUUCAGUGUCCUUCGACAAACCUAAUCUCAGCGGCAAGACUGCAGUUGUUACAGGUGGCGCAGCUGGAAUUGGCGAGCAGUACACGCGAGCUAUAGUGUCGUGUGGCGGGAAAGUCGUAGUCGCGGACAUUGAUGAAGCAAAUGCAUCGAGUUUGCAAGCAGACCUUGGGAACACCGGGGAUGUGGUGUUCGUGAAGUGUGACGUGAGAGAAUGGAAGGACCAAGUUGAAGCAUUCCGAGCCGCACUCAAGCUGGGCAACGGAAAGAUCGAUAUUGUCAUCAACAACGCAGGCAUCGGUUCUCCAGACGACAUAUUCGCAGGCCCCGACGAUGAAUCUCUAGACGAACCACAGGAACCCGCCAUGAACGUUAUGCGUAUCAAUGCUUUAGGAGCUCUCAUGACUGCAAAAUUAGCAACUUUCUACUUCCGAAAGCAAGCAGCCCAGGACGAGAAGGCAGGGGUCAAGAGUGACUACAACCUCAUCAUCCAGGCUUCCAUCUGUGGCUAUCUCCCCUUCCUCAAGGUCCCUCAAUACGCAUUCUCAAAAUGGGGCCAGCGAAGCCUUCUCUGGGGAUACCGUCAUUCUGAGAGGAAGUAUGGUGUAAGGACUAACAUGAUCUCUCCGUGGUACAUCCCUUCUGGGAUCGUCGUGCCCGAGUUCGUCGAGCAUUUGAACAACGUUGGCGCGGGCACUGCGAGCGUGACAGAUGCUGCGGAUGCGUUGCUCAGAAUUUUAGGGGAUUCAAACAUGAAUGGGAGAAGUUUGGCGAUUAUGCCAAGGACUUGGGAGGGAGCUCCAUAUGGUUGUAUAGAUCUUGACGUGGAUCAGUAUCAAGAGGGUAGCUUCUUGAGUCGAUGCGUGGAUGUGGGUUUGUUUGCGGUCUGGGACGAUAGUAAGCGUGAAUGACGGAUAUAUGACAGUCGCAUGCAAUGAACCUCAUCAAGCAUGCAAAUGAAUCUGACACUAG